AUGCCAGAAGUCGAGGAUUGUUGGCUUAAUGUGAAAGUCCAGGUGACGAAUGGGCUCGCCAAGCUGUUCUCAUAUAGCUGGACAUUGGGCAUAUUCCUCUGCAAGAUGGUCCACUACAUGCAGAACGUGUCUGCCAUAUGCUCAGUCUUUACUCUUACAGCCAUGAGUGUUGAAAGGUAUUACGCCAUCGUGCAUCCGAUGAAGGCCAAAUACGUUUGUACGAUCCGCCAGGCGAGGAAGAUCAUCGUGUCCACCUGGCUGUCAUCUUUUCUGCUCGCCGUGCCGAUACUUUUCAUCCAGGUGGAAAUGAAAGUCGGAGACAGGGUGAAGGCGCAGUGGUGCGUCAGGAAUUGGUAUUGGACGACGGCCUGGCGGACCCACGAGCUUUACAUGCUCUUAAUUGUGCUGGUCAUCCCGGCGACCGUCAUGGUGAUCACGUACACGGCGAUCUGCAGGGAAAUAUGCCGCGUUGUUCGACGCCGGUACCAUAUGACAUCGGCGAAAGGGAAUCUGACCUGCGAGAGUUUCCCUCUUGCUAACACAAAUAGGUCAACCAAGUUGAAAUUUAAGUCGAAGUUCAAAUGUGACGACGCCGCGACGGUGAGACAGAUGUCGCACUACAAGAGCGAGAGACAGGUGAUCAAAAUGCUGGUGGCAAUCGUCAUUGUCUUCAUAGUCUGCUGGGCCCCUCUGCUCAUCGACAACGUGCUGACCUCGUGGGAAGUGCUGCCCAGGUUAAGGCACGGCGCUCUCAAGCAGAUGGCAACCUAUUUCCACCUUCUAGCGUACUUCAACAGUUGUGUCAACCCUGUCGUCUACGGUUUCAUGUCGAAGAACUUCAGAGAGAGCUUCAGCAAAGCUCUAUGCUGCCAGGGCCGGGUGCCUAGAAGGCAGCUGUCAUUGAGCCACACGAGGACUACAUCCUUGCGGACGUAUCUCAACUAGGUGAAAUUCAGAGGAGUGAAACCGCUGGGUCCUGCUCAGGCAAAACGAAACCCCACCAAAGGCGAAUCCAGCCAUCGUAUAGUGCAACCUUUAGUGAUGUUCCCGUGUAAAACGAGAAGAAAAAUAAGUGUUACAGGAGGCUUCUCGCUUACAAUCUGCGUACUUUGCGCUUUUCCCCCAUCACCUCGAAAUCAAGUCGCGUUGAAGAAAGAUAAAAGUCGUAAACGAAGGUCUUUUUGGUGAUGAGUACAAAAGGUUUUUUUUUAUAAUCAGAACCGGAAAAAAAAAGAGAAAGAUAAUACCAACAUCUGAAAGGCCGGGUUGGGUCUUAUCGCGGAAUUUUGAAAUGUAUAUAGUUCAGGGGGAUUUUAAUUACGCGCCAGCAAGUCCCGAAAGGGGGUAGGGGAUAAAUUAAAACGUGUCCCGCCUGAUCAACCCGUGUCUCUCGUCGAACCGGAAAAAAAGACUUUUCAAAGCCCCGGGGGCGUGUCAACUAUUUCGCCAGACUGGGUCAAAUUCCGUGAUGGGUUUUUUUUUUUUUUUUUUUUAUUUGAAUCGCCGGACGGGAUUGCUUCUCGGGGUCGAAAACGAGCGGGUUAAAAUUACUAGUGGCUCUCUGCUCUUUGAUGUGUCAAUGCGGAAUAUGUAGGGCCUGUUUUUUGCCACGAUGUAAAUUACAACGUUGAGAGGAAACCGGACAAGUCUGGCGUUUCUCUGCGUCAAAACCACCCUGAAAAAAGAGAGAAACAAUACACUCAGAUAAUAGCGACAAAAAAAAAAUCGUUUUCAAUGUAUAAGACUUAUUCUUGUGUAUCAACUAUAAACAUUUAAUUCUUACAUAAUCCAAAUGUAGAAUUUCAAUUCGUCUUCUAUAACUAUUCACAUUUUUUAAAAAAAUAUAUAUAACAAAACACAACUUGUGCUUCGAGCCAAUUUUAUUAUAAUACAGAUCGUGCAAUAUUUGGUUCCGAGGUGGCUGUGAUAUCAUUCCUCGUUACCUUAUUUCUUUAUUUUAUUUAUUUUUAUUUUUACCUACUCAAUUAAUUCGAAUAUUGACAAGCGAAGAAGCCACCUCCCUUUAUUCUGGCCCCCACCCUUUAGCAAGGUACAAAUUAUCGUGACAUAUUUUUGUCACCAUUCCAUGUGAUGAUUAGUCUUGCUGUCGUGUUUAUCUUUACUUUUUUUAAUUAAUUAAAUUAGCGCGUAAUUUAUUUAUUUCUCUUUUUUAUUAUUUAUAUAAAA